AUGAAACUCAUAAUUAUAGGAUUAUGUCUUUUAAUCUUGGUAACAAGUUAAAGAAUUAGUAUUAAUGAUCAAAAUUGCAAUAAAUAUUUGCAAAAAUUUGGUACUGCAAAUAAUCCAGAUGGAACUGGAGCAACUAAAAUAGCAUUUACAGGUGAUGUUGCAUUUAUUACCAACUCAACAAGCGUGAAAGUAAAAUUAAGAUAUUCAGAUGUGGAUUUGUUUAAUGAUCCAACAUACUUUGGUCUUGUUUAAGAAGAUGGAAAAAAAGCAGAAACCACAUGUCUUGACCUUAAAUUAUGGAAAUUCACUUCAAAUACUUAUUCUGACCCAGUUUAAGUUACAGAUUUACCCAUAACAAAUGAAAACAACAAUCAAAAAUAAUGGAGAUAUUAUUCAUUUACUAUUCCAGGAGAUCAAUUAGGUUCAAAAUUAGUGGUUACUUAAAAUAGUGCACAAUUUAUUUACAAAGGAUACUUUGCUAUUGCUUAUUAUGCUGCAGGUACUGAUCAAGUUCAAUAUACCUUCUAUUUUGAAUUCUAAGUUACAGUAGACAAAGCAAGUGGAGCUUCAGUUGAUACUGCUUUCAAACCAUUAAGUUAAUCAUCUACUUUAGGCUGUACUCCUUCAGCUAGUUGUAAUACAAAGGCUGAUACUGUUUUAAAAUGGUGCACAGAUUUGACAUGCACAAAAUUUAGUACUCCAGAUUUACAUUUGAAUGAUCAAUUUGUUUUAUUGUAACAAGUAACUACACUUGGAAUGGAUUACUAUUUGGUUGGAACUGAAGUUUGGUACACUGGUAAUGGAUUGAAUAAAAAGGCCAUAAUAAUAUCAAUCAAUAAUUCAAAGAAAGGAUAAGUCAUUAUCCAGUUAAAGGCUGAAAUUGCUUGGACCGGAGUUACUAUCAAAGCUACCUCAACUUUGUCAACAACCUAAGGAAGAAGAAUUUUGGUUUAAACCACAUUUGAUACAGUAAGUGGUGAAACAGAAGAAAUUACCUGCAUUAAAGCAGAAGGAGCAGACACUUGUCCCACAUGUUAAUAAGAAAAAAAUGCUAAUGGAUUUUAUAGUGAUAAUUGUAAAGGAGAUGUUGAAGAAGAAGAUGAUGAAGUGAAACAUCCAAGUUCUAAUGGAUUCACAUUAUUUGGUUUCUUUACUUUGUUGCUAUUCGCAAUAAUAUGA